GUGUCACCAUCCCGUGUCGAAUGGUUUGAAAAACGAUUCAAUCGCAGUACAGUGGAUGUUGUUGUGAUAGAAGGGCAACCCUUUAUCCUCGUGACGUCAAUGGCUUUACAUGGCGACGGUUGCCGAUUCUGUUAUGAGGCUGAAAGAGAGCUCGACGAGAUCGCUAAAGAGCUGAACUGCUCGAAACUGGACACUUGUGAAAAAAAUGCUUCUCGUGUUCCAGUGGUCACAACCAGCGGGUGGUUUUGGGAGUACACGGUUAAUUCAUUCUCAUGGCGUAACGGGAAUCGUCCUACCUUUCUGAUGGCGACUAUCUCUGAAGAUGAUGUCAUGAUGAUGUAUGUUUUGGUUGGCACAUGUCAUCUACCAAACGAAUCAACAGUAAUAAAUUUAUACUGUAUUACCGCUAUUAUAACGGUUAUAUGGAUUUUACGAUCUCUACUGGUGGCACGAUAUCCUGGCAUGCUGCGAACCCUCCGAUCUCAACCUAGUUCAAGCAAACUUAUCAAGUCUGGA